CGCAUUUUUGGUACAUCCCAAUCUGGUGACUGGCGUGGUGGUAUAGAAUCCGAACCCUUCUUCAUUAAUUAAUUCUGAAAAUUCUCCCUUUUAACACAGAGAAAUCACAAAGAAAAAAAUAAAUAAAACAAAAAUAAAAGGUUUCUGAUUCGUUUCAUCGCACAACCAAAUCAUAAUAAUGUGAAAGCGAAUUAUACGACUAAAAAACCCUAAUCAGAAGAAUAAUUUUCAUCUAACAAAUCUCGGACAAGACGAUCAACAGAGAAGAAAUCUGAGGAAUUUUGGUCUGAUCUUAUUUGAUUGGUUCUUAGUUUCAAACCUGGAAAUUGGAGAGAAUUUGGAGAAAUUGAGGUUCAAAUUGACAAGGUUUGGAUUCAAUUGACUAGAUACAUGGCUGAGAUUUUGUUGCUUUUUAAGUUCUUCAUUUUGGCAUAAGAAAAUUUGUUGUCAAGUCUGUUGAUGAAAUUUCUCGAGGUUACAAAAUUCGGAUGAGUUCGGGUUUUAUGUUAAGAAUUUGGCCAGUUUUAGACGUCAUGUAAAAGAUCUUUUCUUUAGGGUUAGGGAAUUGUAGAAAGAAAUUAGGCACAAUUGAAAAAAAAAAAAAACAAAACAAAAAAGAAUAAAAAGAGAGAUUGAAAGAGAAGUAAAGAAAGAGAGAUGGAAGAAGGUAACGUAUGCAACUUCAAUCACUUAGAUGGUGAUACUCGUUUGCCUCCACGAAAACGUUUAUUAGCUGGAUUGAAGAAACAAAAUGGUGAUUACGGUUCUCCCUCUUCAUCACCUCCUCUUUCUUCAGUUCCGGAUAGCAUCAGCACACGCCUUAAUGAUCUUAUGAACUCCAAUUCCAAGAGUUCUGAAUUUCUGUCUGAUGAGGUUGUGGAUGCAUCAAGAUUAGCUGCCCAAGCAGCGGCCAAAGCUGCAGCUGCAGCAAAAGCUAGGGCAGCAGAGAAAGCAGCAAUUGCUGCUAAAGCAAUUGCGGUUGCCAAGAGGACUUUAGAAAUAGCUGCUUCUAUUUCUGAAAAAGAGAACCGAAGAGAGAGACUCUUGAGGAAAAACAAGCUAAAGAAACAUGUUCCUGUUGAGAUGUUGUACAAGAAACGCAGAAUUGGGGAGAAAGCCGAAACUGACGAAGAUUUGGCACGUAAAUUGCAUCGAGCUAUAAAUAGUUCACCUAGAAUUGCAAAGAGUUCUGUAGCGACCGAGUCGAAAAUUCACAAUUACUAUAAGCAGAAUAAGAAACAUCUCAAUUUUAACAAGUCUUGGAAUCCUGAUGGAAGUGAAGGAAAUUCGAAUUAUGUAUGUGAUAAGAUUGCUGAAGCGGGUGAUGUAGAAAGUGGAGACUCUGUGGAAGAGUCAGUCAAUGUGGAUAAAAUAAACAUGGAAGACUUGGAAUGUACUAAACCUGACAGUACAAAGAGGAUCAGUGUUUCUGCUGCAACAGACGCAGAAAUGAAUUUAUUGAAGGAGAAAAAUUGGGAGUGUUUACCAGAGAAAAUUGCUAGAAAGAGAGGACGGAUUAGACAGAAAAAGUUGUCUUUAAGCCUAUGUGCUAGUAGAGAUCGUGAAAACCCUAAGGAAGAGCUCAAACUUAGAGGCGCUGCAUCACUAGAAGAACCAACUGGUAGGUGUGUGGCAGAAAACAUUCCAGUGUUUGCUGCGAGGUGUCUUUCCACUGAAGGUUCCAUGGUGGCUAGUGGAAUUGAAGUCGAUCAAUGAGGUUAGAUUCAUCUGUUUACUCAACUCAAGUAUACAAGUGGCUCUGCAAGUUUUUGUUCUUAGGUCAACUUACAACUUAAAGCGGUAAUAGAGACUGCGAGAAGGCUACCAGAAGGAUAGUUCUGGGAGGCAUGCACAUGAAGCAGCUGAGGAUGUCGCUCAUUUUGUGAAUCACAAACCUUUGCUUUGAUUUUUUUCUUUUUUCUUUUUCCCUUUUGUUUUUGUUGUUUAUGUUGCUGGAUAGUAAGUCUGUUAUGCUGCCUCUCCUUCUUACGAUGAUAUAGUUACUUGUUAGAAAGAUGAAACUUGGUCUUUGUUUAAAUGUUGUAUAUUUGUUUGUAAUCAGUAUGGACAGAGUAUAUAUAAAAACAAAAAUUAGACAUAAUUCUCA